CGCCACACUACCAUUAGUUGUGACAAAUUGUAAUAAUUCGGCAAUGGUUACGGCAAAGCCAAUUACAAUUUCGGCGUCUGCUGUUGGGGACCGUCUGCAAUCACACUCUCGCGAAUUUACCUCCCUGCUGGAGCUAAUUCCGGCAAAAUAUUACUAUGGUGAUGGAGAUAAUACGAGCGAAUGGAACAAACGCAAGCAAACCAAAGCAAAAAGCGUUAUUUCGAAAAAGGCGAGGUUGGACCCUGAUGCGCCCGGUACUGGGCUUGAAUCCGAGCCUAAGACUGUGGGUGGGCGGGAGGAGAAGUUCCAGAAUAUGAGUCAGAGGAAGGAGCGAAAAGGAAAGAAGUCUUCUGCAAUUGUUGCACCUGUCAAUACUACUGGUGAGGGCGAAGAUAAGGAUGGUGACAAGGGCAUGGAGGGAGAAGCGCAAGAAAUCGCCUUGGAUAAUCUCGCUUUUGCGGCGGAGUUUGAUGCUUCCUCAGUGCUACCUACUAUUUCUAUCACUGAUAGAAAGUAUGGUCUUACUACAACUGCCACCGGCCCCGAAGGCGCAGUAAUAGCAGCAGCUCGAAAAGCAGAUCAGUGUACCCGCCUUGCUGCAAAGAUCCAAGUAUUUAAAGGAAGGCGUAGUCGUUAUCCACCUUCUGCUACUACUGCCGCUACUUCAACGAAUAAGUCAUUCAAGAGGAAAAACGCCGAAGCCAAGGGAUGUGGGAAGGACCAGGGACUCCAGAAGACUGGCCAACCUUCGUGACGGCUGACUGGCCAGUAAUGCAGACCACUAGUGUGGGAUAUUUAUAAACUAUAAAUUAUAGGAUAUUCUACAUAUUACACUCC